AUGUUUCGUUUCCGCCUGGUUCUUAAGUUAACCUCACGGGAAAACAUCCGAUGUGUGUUUCAGAGCAAAGCCUUUGUCAAUGCCAGCAAGGAACUUCCUUCUACACCGGAGGGAAAGAACCCCUACGAUGUUCUCGAGAUGACCGUUACUAACGCAACGACUCUAGAUGAUGUCUCAAAGCAGUUCAGGGAUCUUGUGGUUCGAAACCAUCCUGAUCAACCAGGUGGUUCACAUGAGAGAAUGUCAGAGGUUAAUGCAGCCUAUAAAAUUGCCAAGGAACAUCAUAAUAAGUUGAUUAAGCGUCUAAAAGAGUGUGAGGCGAACAUAAAUGGAAAUGACACUUUUCAACGACACAGGAAUUCUCGGGCUCGUAGCGAUGAAGAACUUGGAAGAUCUGGUGGUGUAUUUCGACGGAACGCAAAAGCUAGUGAGCAAUCCUCCGGAUUCCGAAAGUCUCGUUCACUUCAAGAAAUAGAGUCUGAUUGGGCACGAUUCAAGGAAGAUACCGAACAAGCUGUGAGAAGUAUGUGUAACCGUUACGAAUUAGCUGUAGAGAAGGGACGUUUUUUUCGUAAGACAUCAAUGCUUAAUGAAAUCACUGUAAGGGAAAGAUGGCUGCGAAAAAGCUUUGUAAAAAACGUAUGGGAACAGGUACAUGAAUUAAGAGGGGAACUUCUGCGACGAGGAGCACGUAGUGCACAACAAUCACUACUUGCUGAAGAAAUGAUUUCUUUUGCAUCUGUUACUCAACGAAAAUUAAAUGAGGAUUUUCAGCGUCUUACUCAGAUGAGUGUUCAGUCUCAAUCCCGUCUGUUUCUGCAACGGGUACUGUUUACAAUGCUUCUAUUGGUUCUUUUUGUCAAGGUAUGGAAGUGGUUUUUCACUGGAUUAUUUAGGAAUUCACUUACAGUGAGAUUCCGACAAGGAGUCUUGAGCCACUGA